AUGAAGAAGAAGAAGAAGAAUAAAAAGUACCAACAACCUGAUGAAGAAGGUGCAACACACAACAACAAAAACAAAACAGGUGGUUUCAAAGGAAACUACCCUCCUUGUAAGCAUUGCGGCAAGUUCGGACACGCACCUUUUAAGUGUUGGGAGAGGCCUGAUGCUAAGUGCACUAAGUGCAAUCAUCUUGGGCAUGAAGCGAUCAUCUGCAAGAACAAAACUCAGCAACAAGAUGCAGAGGCUGGAGUAGUUGAUGAACAGGAAGAAGAUCAACUCUUUGUCGCAUCAUGUUUGACAAGCAGUAUCUUAAGCGAGUCGUGGCUGAUCGAUAGCGGAUGCACAAAUCAUAUGACUUGUGUUAAAUAUCCGUUUAAAGUUAGAAUCAUCCAUGGUGGUUAUAUUUCAGCAAAAGGAAUGGGAACCAUUACAAUUGAAAUGAAAUCGGGAACUAAACCAAUUUCUGAUGUUCUUUAUGUAUCCGAUAUGGACCAUAACUUGUUAAGCUUAUGUGUGGAGCCACCUCUGUUAAAAGAAGACAUUCCACCUGAUGAAGAAGGCUGGUUUUUUCCUGGUUGUGAUUGCAAAGUUGACUGCAUUGACUUGCUUAAUGAUCUUCAAGGAGCAGACCUUUCCGCCACUGACAGCCGGGAGAAAGUAUAUCCCAAGAAAGCUGCUGCUGUGUUUGAGAAGAAGCUAGAUGAUAUUUUUGGACUUCCAUCGAAUGACUCAGAGGAUGAUGACUACAACCCUGACAAUCCAGAUGUAAAAAAAAUGAUUCCAAAGCUGAGGCCAGUUCUGAUGAAUCUAAUUUUUACUCUGCAUCUGAAGACUUGGUAG